AUGACUAGGCUUGCCCGCUAUUGUCACUUCGUACCUGACGAAACCAUGGUGCACGCUCGCCAACUCUCCAACAACCUCCUCGCCGUCGACAAGGAGCAGGCCCUGCUCUCCUCAGCAAGCAACCCGUCCAUGAUGUGCGGUUACUCCUCGCCGCCGAUGUACUCGAACGCUGGUGUUUCAGGUGGUUGGCCAUACGACGGCGCCCAGUCGUACAACGCGGGUGUCGGGUCACUGACGCGCAACGAAACGCAACGCCGGUGGACCGCCUCGGUCGACCCAAUUUACCGCCCCCGAGAUCGUCGCGUCGACUGCCGCCUGGUGCCACCACAGUCCCACAUGGUCCAUUCACCCCAUUCCGAACUCUCGACUUCACCAUACAUCGGAUCUCCAGAGUUCGUUCGUGCUCAGAGUUUCCAACCGCAAUAUCCUCGUUCCUCAGUCGACAUCCAGUCCCCCAUGUCCAGCUGGGGUGGUUGGGACGUCGACGCCAACGAACCUCCUUCCAUGAACGCUCAGGUUCCACCAUCGUCGUGGAACAAUCAGUUACAUGUCGAGAUCCCCCAGUUCAACUCCUACGACAAUAUGGUAUUCUCUGGAUCCGAUUCCUCGACCUCCUCUUCCAUCUACACCCCACCGGAGCAGUCAAUUCCUCUCAACGGAUACAACUUCCCUCAUCGCCUCUCUCCGGGCUUCUCGCCCUCCCCGUCGCCAGAACAGUACGACAUCAAGCCGAUCCUGCCCGUUGCAAGUUCCCCCAUAUGCUCGCGUCGAAAGUUGAGUGAAGAUCGGCCCGAGUCAGGGAAGAGCUGUUCGCACUGUCACGCUACGACUACCCCCCUUUGGCGACGGGACCCGUCGACCAUGAAGCCCUUGUGCAACGCCUGCGGUCUGUACCUGCAACAGCGCAACAAACUGCGGCCGCAGGAGCUCAUCGACGCCGAUGACGAUGGCAGCACCUCGGAAGAGUCUGACGCGAACUACGUCGGGCCAGAGUGCAGCCACUGCCGCACUCACCACACUUCUGUUUGGCGAAGAAGCAAGUCCGGAGAUCAGCUGUGCAACGCAUGUGGAGUGUACGCACGGCUGAGGGGCAAGCCUCGACCUCUCGCGCUCAGGAAGAACAAAAUCAGGCCGCGUUCGAAGCACCUGCCCAAGUAG